UGAGCAUGGCUGGCAGCCCUAGGAGCGGUGGCUCCACUCGGUAUUCAACUUUGAUCUCAUUGUGCACCUAGAAUCCACGCUGUGCUUUCGUAUAUCAAACUUGUUCCAUUUGAUUCAUGUGAUCUGCAUUCGCGGUACUCUCAGAGCCCAACCAUGUCUUCCUCCCUCACCAACAAACUCAUCACCGUCACCGGCGCAGCAUCUGGCAUCGGGCUCUCCACAGCUCGCAUCCUAGCCCGGCGUGGAGCGCUGCUCUCUCUGGCAGACUAUAACAAAGCCAACCUAACCAAAGCACACGAGGAGCUAGCGUCGCUCUCCAGCCCCAAGAACAUCAUAUCCACGCCUCUAGACAUUCGGAGCACUGCCUCCGUGAAUGACUGGAUAUCCCACACCCGAAAGCACUUCAGCAGAACGAUCGAUGGUUGCGCCAACAUCGCGGGCUUCCACCCGCUCUGGGCCCCAAAGAACAUCGAAGAAAUAACCGACGAAGAGUUCGACGAAACGAUUCAGAUCAACACUGUCGGGCUAUUCAAAUGUCUGCGCGCCCAGCUGGCCCCGGACAUGCUGUCUUCGCCCUCCAGCAUCGUGAAUGUAGGCUCUGUAUCCGGCCUCAUCGGGUUCGCCGGAGACUCGGCGUAUGUAGCGUCGAAGCACGCCGCUCACGGGCUAACGAAGGCGGCAUCGAAAGAAGCGGGCAAACGCGGAAUUCGCGUAAACGCUGUGGCCCCUGGGCAAACGAACACGCCCAUGGUGCAGGCAAUGGCGGCGGGAAAGGGGACGUUGCCACUGCCGUUUCUGAGCUUGGGUAGGGAGGGGCAACCGGAGGAGAUCGCGGAGGUUAUUUCCUGGCUGCUGGGCGAGGAGAGCUCGUAUGUUACGGGGAGUAUCUAUAGAGCGGACGGAGGGAUGCUGGAUUAGUCGGAUGCGGAUCAAGAGUGGUGAAGAUGAUCGGCGUAUGAUACAUGAUUGACUUAGUGAGGCAUUCUGUGCGCAUUUGAACAAAGAUUAGGAGGUAAUUUACUACAAGGAAAGGAGGAUCAUUUGUAAG